CUCCACUUGUGUAAAAUUUGAUAUUUUCUGUUUUUUUUCUUUUUCGUGCUCUGUUUUUCCCGGGAAAGUUUACUUUUUCGUAUUUGUUUGUAAGUAUCGAGAACUUAAGUUGUUUUAUACUUAAUUUAGCUGGUUUUGGGUUCUGGGUGAUCUAAAUUUUGAUUGAAGGAUUGAACUUUGAAUGGUAAAGAUCAAAACUGUUUCUUCAUAGUUGAUGAAACAGAGCAUGGUUCAGUUUUCUCGAGAAAAAAAGAAAGAAAGAAAAAACGUGUUGAAUUGAAUCCCAUUUUUGGCCUCCUUAAAUUUUGCUGAGAAAAGUGUAAUCAACAAAUCCAACAGUGGGCCAAAAAACAGUUGAAUUAAAAAACGUUUUCGGCUAAAAACAACAAGAAUCUUUCUAUUUCCCCCCUUAAAUUUUGCUGUCCAAACGUCAAUAAUCUCGCUCUUAGCUCUCUUCUAUUACCCCUUGAUUUCUUCUACUGUUCAUCAUCGUGAAGUUAGAAGGGGGAAAAACCUCACUUUCUCUUUCUUUGUUUUCUUGUCUUUCUCUCCGUUUGUUUCCCGGGAAAAUCAUGAAUUUCGACACAGCUUCGAAGCAAUCAAAUCUCGACCGCUUCCUUCAAUGCACGACACCCACUGUCAGAUCCCAGCUCAUUCCAAAGAUUGAGAUGGUGAGCCUGAAUCGAUUAUGGCAUCCGUCGGAGGCGGAAAAGAUCGAAUACUUCACACUGAAUGAUCUGUGGGAUUGUUACGACGAAUGGAGCGCUUACGGCGCCGGUGUUCCGAUCACCUUAGACGAUAACGAAACCUUAGUCCAAUACUAUGUUCCUUACCUGUCUGCAAUUCAAAUCUUCACCAGCAAUUUUAGGGACGAGAUUGAAUCCGGUGAUGGGGAGAGAUCGUCGUCGGAUUGCUUUAGUGAUUCGUGCAGUACCGAUGAGAGCGAGAGCGAUAAGUUGUGGCGGUCCGACGGAUGUUGCUCCUCCGAACAAGACUGUGUUUCGCAUUUUAAUAACCGUUUGGGGUACCUUUACUUUCAGUAUUUUGAGACAUCAACACCUUACGAAAGAGUUCCACUCAUGGAUAAGAUUAAUGGUUUUUCUCGAAGAUACCCUGGUUUGACGUCGUUGAGGAGCGUCGAUCUUUCCCCGGCUAGUUGGAUGGCAGUUUCUUGGUACCCAAUUUAUCAUAUCCCAAUGGGAAGGACCAUAAAGGACUUUUCCACAUGCUUCCUUACUUACCACACACUAUCUUCUUCUUUCCAAGAAACGGAUGUCGAAGAAGAUGGCGAUAGGGUUGUAAAGAACCGAAAGGGAGGGGAGGGAAUCUCUCUUCCACCCUUCGGUUUGGCAACUUACAAGAUGCAAGGGAACGUUUGGCUCUCACCCGCCGGAUGCGGAGGGGACCAAGAGAGGUUGUUGUCACUUUUGAGCAUCGCGGAUUCGUGGCUGAAGCAACUAUGCGUCCAACACCAUGACUUCGACUACUUCUCGGGUAUUCGACGUGGCUAAAAGCUCCCAUGGGGGUUGCAUUGAGUACUUAGCACUUGUUAUCAAAAAGCCUACUAGGAUGGUCUCUACGCGUUUAGUUUUACCUGUUUUUAACGCAAGUUCUUGUGGGAUUUUCUUGGAAAGAAAUGGGUGAGAUUUUGAAAGACGAUGAAGUGAGACUCCUGAGCUUUUGAACACUUUUUUAUGGCUUGUAUGAUAUGUUUUCUUUGACCGUAGUUGAAAGUUAAUGAUAGUUUUCACAAUUUCCAUGUAGCAAA